AUGGCUGCAUCUGGGGUCCAUCCACAGCAAGUCAGUGAGAUUCAAUCAAUAUCAGAGUAUUUUAAGCCGUUAUUGGAAUUCAUGAUGUCUUUACCACAAGAAGAGAAGGUGAUUUUAGUAAGUCACAGUAUUGGUGGUCUUAGCAUAUCUAUUGCCAUGGAAAGGUUUCCUGAGAAAAUUUCAGCUGCAGGUUUUGCUUCAGCUAUCAUGCCAGGUCCUGACCUCAGUUAUACUACUGCAAGAGAAAAGUAUAACAAGACAAUUGAUUACAUGGACACACAAUAUAUGUUUGAUAAUGGUCCCAACAACCCUCCAACCUCCCAAUUAUUUGGUCCUAACUGUAUGUGA